AUGGGCAAACUAAAGAAAAAAGGACAAUCCGGUGCAGCUAUAAAUUAUAUUACGCGUAAUCAAGCGCUUAAAAAGCUACAAGUGACACUUGCAGAUUUUAGACGUAUAUGCAUUCUAAAAGGCAUCUACCCACGCCAGCCGAAAAACAAAAAGAAGGCAAACAAAGGGUCAACGGCCCCCGCGACCUUCUAUUACACCAAAGACAUUCAGUACUUAUUGCACGAGCCAGUACUAAAAAAAUUCAGAGAGUAUAAGAUUUUCGUGCGGAAGCUCAGUAAAGCGUUAGGAAAACGGCAAAUUGGGGUUGCGCAAAAUUUGGAGAAAAAUAAGCCAGUGUAUACCUUGGAUCAUAUUAUUAAAGAGAGAUACCCAUCAUUCAUUGAAGCAUUACGAGAUCUCGAUGAUGCACUAUGCAUGCUCUUUCUAUUCUCCACCUUUCCCGCCACCGAUAAAAUAAAAAACGAGACAGUGGAUAAUUGUCGGCGCUUAUCGUCCGAAUUUCAGCACUAUGUAAUGCACACAAGAAGUUUACGAAAGACGUUUUUGUCGAUAAAAGGAAUUUAUUAUCAGGCGGAGAUUAAAGGACAGACGAUAAAUUGGAUUGUGCCGUAUCAAUUCAGUCAGCAGGUUCCAGAUGACGUAGACUUUCGCGUAAUGUUAACGUUUCUGGAAUUUUAUCAAACCCUUGUCGGAUUUAUAAAUUAUAAAUUAUUCACCGAUAUUAAUUUAUUGUACCCGCCAAAAUUCGACAAAGAAAAAGAUGAUGAAGCGGCUGGAUUGGACGCGUAUUUGAUCGAGUCUACAAAUAUUUCAGCAAAUAUAUUUGAUCAAUCAAAAAAACCAGAAAAAACCAAUAAUGACAACCAUGACGAUGAUGGUAAUGAAACAGACGAUGUUAAAAAGGAAUUGACCCAGAAAAAAGAAUGGGAGAAACGUUUAAAAACGCUAGCUCAGAAGAUAACAGAAAUUAAAGUACAAGAUGUCAAAUCAGCAGCAGCUGAGACACAAACAGAUGAUUCUCAAACAGCUGUAAUCAAUAGUAAUAAAAAUCAACUAAUUGAUGAUUUUGAUGAGCAACAAAGCAAUGGGAAAUCUACAUCAACGGCUGAAAAUAAACAAGUCACGACGACAACGUCCACUACUAAAAUGUUCACUUAUUACGAUAUUCAUUCAGCAUCCAUGGCUGAAUCCGAAUUUCAACAAUUAUUUUCGAAAUGUAUUUUCUAUCUAUCACGCGAAGUUCCGCGUUAUUCAUUGGAAUUUGUGAUUCGUGCUUUUGGUGGACAAGUGAGUUGGGAUCCAACUGUAGGAGGAGGUUCUCUUUUUGACGAAACCAACGAAAUUAUAACUCAUCAAGUUUGCGAUAGACCUUCGCAAAAACACCAAUUCCUGUCACGCGUUUAUAUCCAACCGCAGUGGGUUUAUGAUUGUGUGAAUGCGAGAAAGUUAUUAACUACCGAACCAUAUCAACCGGGAGAAUUGUUGCCUCCCCAUUUAUCGCCGUUUGUCGAACACAAAGAGGGCGAUUAUAUUCCAGCAAUUGAAGAUCAUUUCGAUGGUCAAGAAGAUGCUAUGGAAGAUGAGGACGUGAAAGAGGAGAACGAGGGAGAAGAUGAUAAUGAUGGUGUCAAAGUUAAAGAGUCAAACAAAAUUGUAGAAAAGGUCGAAGAUUCAUCUAGCGAGUCUGAAGAGGAAACUGAAGAAAUGGUUCUAAUGAAAGAGCUUGAAGCCGAAGCUAAAGGAAUACCUUUCUCUAAAUACCAACAAAAACAACUAAAAUCAAAAAGCACCGCCACUUCAACAAAACCAAUAACAUCUGGUCAAAAGACAUCCGGCCAAAAGAGAACGAUCAAAGAAAUCGAAGCAGCCGAAGAACAAGAAGUAAAAGAACUGGGAAAAAUUAUGAUGACCAAGAAACAAAAGAAGCUGUACACGAAAAUCGAGUACGGGAAAAAGAAACAGCAACGAAAAGUUGCUAAUUUGCAACAGAAAAAACGCGAAUUGAAUGCUACUUCUAAAAAUAAAAAACGUUAA